AUGGACGACAUAAGACAACACAUCUACCUCCGCAUCCCACCUCUCCACUCCCAACCCAGACCCACCUCCAAAACUCGCGACGAACGCAUCAGGACCAUCAUCGCGAACCUCGAUAAGCAACACCAGCAAGUGCGCAAUAACAUCGCCACGGCGGGAAUAUCCCACUACACAUCAAGCCUCCAAAAUCAAACCCAAGCCCAUACUGACAACGACAACAACGACGACGACGCAAUGGAAAUAUCCCCAACCUCACCCUCCCCACCACCCCAGGACUACUCCGGCGGUAGUCUCUACAGCGACGCAACCUUGCACCUUAUCGCGAACCUCAACACGCCCCACGACCCAAGGAAUGGAGACCCUUGCUUACCUCCCGGCGGUCAGAUUCCUCCACCAGUAGGAGUGGUGCAAGCGGAGGCGCCGGCGGGGAUGAAGGCUGCGAGGGAGGUGCUGGAGAGGAUUAGGGAGUAUGAUGAGACGGUGAAGGCGGGGGUAGAGUUUUAUGGGAGGGCGUUGGAGAGGAGGGGGAGUGCAGGUGGUGCUUCUGUACCUGGUUCGGGCCCUGUGGCUGCGGCUACGACGUGGAAUGGUGUGGUGGCGGCGAGUGGGAGUGGGGGUGGAGGUAUGGCUGGUGGAGCUCAUGGACCUGCUGUGCAUCCUGAUAGGAUGAGGCAGGUUGAGAGUAGGGGUGAUGUUUUUGGGAGGAGGUGGUGA